CGAGUCAGCUGGGCGUCACGUGAGACCCGGCCGGAACUCGGAGCGGGGAGCGGGGCUGCGGCGGCGGCCGGUCACGAUGCGCGGCGGGCAGGGCACGGCGGGGGCCCGGGUGCUGCGCUUCACCAACUGCCGGAUCCUGCGCGGCGGGGCGCUGCUCAGGGAGGACCUGUGGGUGCGCGGGGGGCGCGUUCUGGACCCCGAGAAGCUGUUCUUCGAGGAGCGGCGCGUGGCGGACGAGCUGCGGGACUGCGGGGGCUGCAUCUUGGCGCCGGGCUUCAUCGACGUGCAGAUCAACGGUGGUUUCGGCGUAGAUUUCUCCCAGGCUGCGGACGACGUGGGUUCCGGCGUGGACCUGGUGGCCCAGAGGAUUCUGGCGCAUGGAGUCACAGCCUUCUGCCCCACCUUGGUCACCUCGCCUCCCGAGGUUUAUCAGAAGGUCCUACCUCAGAUCCCCGUGAAGCCUGGUGGUCCCCAUGGGGCCGGGGUCCUCGGCGUGCACCUGGAGGGGCCCUUCAUCAGUCGGGAAAAGCGGGGUGCGCACCCCGAGGACCACCUGCGCUCCUUCGAGGCCCGCGCCUUCCAGGACGUGCUGGCCACCUACGGGCCGCUGGACAACGUGUGCAUGGUGACGCUGGCGCCCGAGCUGAGCCGCAGCCCUGAGGUCAUCCGGGCACUGACGGCCCGCGGCAUCCGUGUGUCCCUAGGGCACUCUGUGGCAGACCUGCGGGCUGCAGAGGAAGCCGUGCAGAGCGGAGCCACUUUCAUCACACACCUGUUCAACGCCAUGCUGCCGUUCCACCACCGGGACCCUGGCAUCGUGGGGCUCCUGACCAGUGACCGGCUGCCCCCCGGCCACCACAUCUUCUACGGGAUGAUCUCAGACGGCAUCCACACCAACCCUGCGGCCCUGCGCAUUGCACACCGGGCCCACCCCCAGGGGCUCGUGCUGGUCACGGAUGCAGUGCCCGCCCUGGGGCUGGGCAACGGCCGCCACACGCUGGGCCAGCAGGAGGUCGAGGUGGAUGGGCUGACGGCCUACGUGGCUGGGACCCGGACGCUGUGCGGCAGCAUCAGUCCCAUGGAUGUGUGUGUGCGCCACUUCCUGCAGGCCUCAGGCUGCAACUUGGAGUCGGCCCUGGAGGCUGCGUCCCUGCACCCCGCCCAGCUGCUGGGGCUAGAGAAGCACAAAGGAACCCUGGACUUCGGGGCUGAUGCAGUCAUCCUGUACAAGUCACAUCCCACACCAGUCUCCUGGCCAGCCCUGGAUGCGCGGGGUGUUAGGGUCCCCCAUUGGAGGCCCCACCCCUCACCCUGGCUCCGUCACAGACUUUGUGGUGCUGGAUGAUGCCCUCCACGUCCGGGCCACGUACAUCUCGGGUGAGCUGGUGUGGCAGGCGGAGCAGGCCAGGCCGUGACAGAGCAUCACGUUGCUGAGGAGGGACCCACCCCAGGAGCUGGUCUCCAGAGUGAAGGGCCUGCCGCAGGCGGGCAGGCGGGUGGGUGUUCUGGAUAAAUGUGCUCCACACUAUGGGA